ACUAAUUCUUAUCUUUACGUCACGUCAUUUUCGGUAGGCUAUGGAGUAAUAGCGGCUGAUUUUGUUUUUCUAGUUAAAUUAAAAAGUACUGAUCUAUACUUAGUUAAGCUUAGAAAGUCUAGUGAACAUUUAUUUAAUAACAAAGUUGUAAUGUCUUAUUCAAACAAAUAUACUUUUGCUGCCUUGCCAAGGACGCAGCGAGGUACGCCCCUGGUUUUAGGAGCUGAUCCGAAAGGAAAGAAUUUCCUUUACACCAACGGAAACUCUGUUAUAAUACGGGAUAUCGAGAACCCGGCCAUUUCAGAUGUGUAUACAGAACAUUCGUGUCAAGUUAAUGUCGCUAAAUAUUCACCGAGCGGCUUCUACAUUGCUUCCGGAGAUGCUUCCGGCAAGGUUCGUAUUUGGGAUACUGUCAACAAGGAACAUAUCCUCAAGAAUGAAUUCCAGCCCAUCGGAGGACCUAUCAAGGAUAUUGCAUGGAGUGCUGACAGUCAGCGAAUGGUCGUUGUCGGUGAAGGACGUGAGAAAUUCGGGCAUGUAUUCAUGGCGGAGACCGGUACAUCUGUGGGUGAGAUCAGCGGACAAUCGAAGCCGAUCAAUUCGGUAGACUUCAGACCAGCGCGUCCCUUCCGCAUAGUGACAGCCUCUGAGGAUAACACUAUUGCUGUAUUUGAAGGUCCUCCCUUCAAAUUCAAGUGCACUAAACAGGAGCACACUCGUUUCGCGCAAGCGGUGCGCUACAGUCCUGACGGCGGGCUGUUUGCCUCCGCCGGCUUUGAUGGCAAGAUAUAUCUAUAUGAUGGUGCUACUUCCGAACUUAAAGGAGAGAUCGGGUCACACAAGGGCGGCGUGUACGGUAUCUCGUGGUCUCCGGACGGCAAGCAGCUGCUGUCCUGUUCCGGAGACAAGACGUGCGCCGUGUGGGACAUCGACACCAUGCAGCGCUCCAUCACAUUCAACAUGGGCAAUGCUGUUGAGAAUCAACAGGUAUCGUGUCUAUGGCUAGGGAAGCAUCUGAUCUCAGUAUCCCUGUCCGGAGUGAUCAACUACCUGGACAUGGAGAACCCGGACAAGCCGUUGCGUGUGCUGAUGGGACACAACAAGCCCAUCACCUGCCUCGCCCUGGAGCCCACCACGAAGACUGUCUACACCGCCAGCCAUGAUGGAUGUGUUACAUCCUGGAAUACUUCUACAGGUGAAGGUCGUCACAUCGGAGGUACAGGUCAUGGUAAUCAGGUGAACGGCAUGAGUGUGGGCAAGAACGGCAGUCUGCUCACAUGCGGUAUCGAUGACUCCCUGCGCUUAGCUGUGCCAGCUAAUGAGGGUGAGGCUCCCACAUACACUGAGAGCGUGGUGACGCUGGGCUCUCAGCCUCGUGCUAUGGACCACGUCAUAGAGGAUGACCUGACUGUUGUCGUUACUGUUAAAGAGUUAAUAGUGUUGAUGGGCAACACCAAGCAAUCUACUUUGCCGGUGAGCUACGAGCCGACUUGCGUCGCUAUUGACCCCAAAUUGAAGCAUAUCGCUGUUGGAGGUGGGAACAGCAGAGUGCACAUCUACUCGCUGGACAAGAGGUCGCUGCUGCCGCGCUCCGAGCUGACACACCUCGGCACUGUCACCAGCCUCGCCUACAGCCCCAACUCCAGAUACCUCGUCGCUGCUGACGCUAACAGAAAACUUAUACUAUACGAUGUUGAAGGAUAUACUUUGGCACACAACAAGGAGUGGGGCUUCCACACGGCGCGUGUCAACUGCGUGGCGUGGUCGCCGGACUCUAAGCGCGUGGCGUCCGGCUCUCUGGACACCAGCGUCAUCAUAUGGAGCGUGGAUACACCCGCCAAGCAUACCGUCAUCAAAAAUGCCCAUCCUCAAAGUCAGAUCACAGGUCUGGCCUGGUUAGACGACGAGUCCGUGGUCUCCGUGGGGCAAGACGGCAACACUCGCGUCUGGAACGUGCCCAAGGCCUAGGCCCAGGCAGAGGCGAGACCUAGGCCCGACAGAGGCAAGACCUAGGCCCGGUCCGAGGUAAUAGGCCCGGCUGUCGCUCCGCUGGGAACAUUCUCUGUCAAGAUACCUUUCUAAAAGGUUUUACGUCUCAUGAAGUCAAUAAUAUUUUGUAAGCUUUUAUUUAAAAGUAUUAAAACAAUGCAAUUAAUUAAAUUACAAUGAAUUAUAUGUUUAAUAGUUUACACUGACAGAUGUCAGCUAGCUGUCAAAUUUGACAAAAUGGCGCGCUUUGACAGUUGACAGUUGUCAAUGUUCCCAGUGGUAAGUAAAUUAUUAAUUGAUAAUUGUAACUCAGAGAAUUUUAUUAUCUACUAUUAAGAUACUAACGUAUUUAUUUUUUUUUCGCUUAAUUUAAGCCGUAAAGUGUUUGAUGCUCAGUUUGUUACGUAACAUUGUUACUAACGAGUCACUAAAACUGCAUUUUUUUUAUAUUUUAAUAAACGUAAUAUAAUUUUUUUUUAUACUUUUUAAUAGACUGACUUGGGUACUAUGAUUACUUAUGCAAAAUAGUUUUUUUUAAUGUGCUUUGAAAUAUAAAAAUAUUAGUUUUUAUACUCAAGUUAGUCGAUUUGAUAUUUUUUAAUAAUUAAUAUUAGAAAGUCAAAGAUUUCAGCUUUAUAUUGGAGAUUGCUUAUCUAUUAUUGGGUUGCCAGUGUAUUUUUUUUUUAAAUAAUCUUAUUUCAAACUGGUAACCCUGGUUAGGGAACGUACCCAUACUACGUGACCCGUUUAGGAGUCUGGGAAGUCCCCCUGAAGUCCCCCUGAGCCCCCCCCCCGAGGGGGGGGGCUCAGAUUUUAGUCACGUAGUCGUUAGUUGUUUUUUUCAUAAUACAUAAUUCACUAUCAAAUCAAAAUGAUUAAAAAUCAUAAUGAUGAAUUACUACGUAAAAACUAAAGGGGGGGGGGGGUCUUGGCAUGUACUACGAGUGGUCAACGAGGGGAGGGAGGGGUUGAAAAACUAAAAGAUAGGUCACGUAGUAUGGGUAUGUUCCUUUACAUAGACUUGAUUUUAAAUUUGCUACAUAUGAUCGUAUUAAAAUGCAGUUCCUAAUAUUGUUUGUUUACUAUAGCAUUUUCUCUCUAGAUUUUUUUUUAUACCUGGCAACGUUUGAAUGAUCUUUUAUCUAUUUCCAAUUGUUCUCACUAAAUUUUAUACUUAUUUUAGCCUGUUCGUGUAUUUAUCAAGAGCGUAAGAAAUGUUCAACAGUAUUUUUGUACUAUCCAAUUUUGUGAUGAAUUUUUCUGUCGAUUUUUUUAAUAUGUAAUUUCUACUAAAACGAAGUAAUGAUAAAUAAAUUGUGUACACUUGUA